AUUACGAGGUUCGAGAUUAUCAGGGAGGUUAUGUUGGAUUUAGAGGAUGUACUGGUUUGACCCAAACCCCAGUGAUGGACCCCCGUUACUGUGCCCAAGACAUCCUCCUCUGUGACCUGUGUCAAACAGCUGCAUUACAGAGUCAUUGUGAACUUUGUCAUAUAAACCUCUGUAUAGUCUAUGUUGGAAAGCACCUCUCUGAUUCCUCUAAAAGACACAAAGUUGUACCAUACAAACACAGAAAAUCUAAUCCUAACAUUAACUAUCCAAAAUGUCCAAACCACGCCCAGAAACACUGUGAACUUUAUUGUGAAAAAUGUGACAUUCCUGUCUGUUCUACCUGCAUCUCCUCAGAAAAACAUAAAGGACACGAUUUAUCUGAUGCUCUGCAGAAAUUAAGUUCUAAAACAAAAUAUUUAGAAAAUGACUUGGAAGAUAUAGAGAAAAGAAUCUAUCCAACAUUGGAUGAAAUUACUUCAGAUUUAAACUCUGAAAAAGUCAACUUGGAUAAACAUUAUGAGAAACUGACAACAGCUGUCACCAAACAAGGAGAAGACUGGCACAAAGAAAUUAACGUCAUAGUCAACAAACAAAAAUCUGAAAUUCAUGAGAUGAAAACUGAACACCUGGCUGCUCUAAAUAAACAGGAAAAUGAAAUCAAACAGAUUACUUCUGAUGUAAAACGGUGCAUACUUGAUCUGAAGAAAAUACUGGACUCUAAUGAUGAAGCCCUAACCUCUGUGUACAAAUCCAGGAAUGCUGAAUUCAGAAGAUUACCCCCUAAAGUCAAUGUUUCAUUACCAAGUUUCUCUCCUCAUCAGAUCAACACAGAACAACUCCUUGAAAUGUUUGGUUCUCUGUCAGCAUUAUUCAUUACAACGGAAGAACAUGGCUACACAAUGAAGACACCAGAAGCUGUAUCCUGUCCUCAAGUCAAACCAUUGCUUGAUGAACCAGAACUCAUCACCACCAUAGACACUGUGUAUGAUAGUCCAUACAGUGUUACCUGUCUCAGAGAUGAAGGAAUCUGGACAUGUGGAGAAGACAAAAUCAUGAAACUCUACAACCUCCAGGGGAAACUACUGAAGUCAAUAAAAACCAAGUCUGGGAACAGUCCUCGUGACAUAGCAGUGACAAGAAAUGGAGAUCUACUUUAUACUGACCCUAAGAGAAGAACUAUAAACAUAGUGAAGAAUGACCAGAUACAGGAAGUGAUCAGACUACAGAGGUGGAAACCUAAAGGUGUCUGUAAUACCUCCUCUGGUGACCUCCUGGUUAUCAUGAACAGUAUUGAUGAUAAACAAUCAAAAGUUGGCCGUUACUCUGGCUCCACAGAGAAACAAACCAUUCAGUUUGACAGUGAAAAUAAACCUCUGUAUUCAUCUGUUGACUGUACUAUAUACAUCAGUGAGAACAGGAACCUAGAUAUCUGUGUAGCUGACUAUUUAGCCCAUGCAGUUGUGGUGGUUAAUCAGGCAGGACAACUCAGAUUCAGAUAUACUGGUCAUCCCUCUAUUACCAAGGGAUCAUUCUAUCCGUAUGGCAUCACAACAGACAGCAAGAGUCAGAUCCUGACAGCAGACCAUGACAACCACUGUGUCCACAUUGUAGAUCAGAACGGACAGUUCCUCCGUUACAUUAAUAACUGUGAUCUACAGGCUCCAUGGGGUUUAUGUGUAGACACCAGAGACAACCUCUUUGUGGCUGAGUGGAGCAGUGGUAAAGUGAAGAAAAUCAAAUACAUGUAAGCAACGUGUAUACAUUAACUGUUUGUGUCUGAGUUAAUCUCUGUGGCUGAGUGAAAUAAAGUUGUGAAUAAAAAUUCAAGUACUUGUGAAUUGCAUUAAAAUGUAAAAACAA